AUGUGCCUGUACAGUCCACAGAGUGCUGCAGCUGGCUUCGCUGCUGCUGUGUCCGCAGCGCUGCAGACGACGGAGGAGCAGCGGUUCUCGUGGUACGACGAGGCGCGGCCGGUGGGCUUCUACGGCAGGCCGCAGGCCGCGUCGCAGCUGCUGCCGCAGUACGAGGUCGUGCUGACGCACUGCCCCGCCGCCUUCACCACCCCACACGUCUCCGGUGGAGGGGUGUUAGGACUGGCUAAGGAGACGGUGCUGCUGCGGCAGAGAUUGUGGUGGCUGAGCAGAGUGCGUGGUGUGCCAGGCAACGUGUCGUCGCUGCGGCUGUGGCUGGUGCUGCGUCGCGACGUGCGCGCGCCGCUGCUGGAGCUGUACCUGCCCACCGGGCUGUUCGUGUGCAUGUCGUGGGGCAGCUUCCUGGUGCGGCCCGCCAUGGUGCCCGGCCGCAUGGUGCUGCUCGUCACCACCCUGCUCUCGCUCGUCACGCUCUUCGAGUCCUCCAGGUCGACUGCACCCCCGUCGCAAGGAGUGAAGAGCCUGGACGUGUGGCAGCUGUCGUGCAUCGUGUUCGUGUUCCUGGCGCUGGUGGAGUACGCCACCAUCUUGUACUGCCUUCGCGGCCCCUUCCGGCAGCGUCGCCACGCCUGGGCCUCCACCAUCCGCGUAGUUCCAAGCUCGGCCACCACCCAUCGUACAAGCGCUACCCCCAAGAGCGGCAGCGCCAACGGCAGAGCGCGGAAGCUGUCGUGGCGCGUGCGCAGUGCGGCCCGCCGGUUGCACUGGUGUUUGCGCUUGCGUAGUACGUCGCCCGCCCCUGGAGUGGCUGGGGCUGGCGCCGGCAGCAGUGCAGGUGGCGGUGGGGACAGUGGCGGCUGGUGCCUGCAGGACCGCGUGGCGCUCGUCGCCUUCCCCGUCUGCUUCCUCGUCUUCAACGUCGCCUACUGGAGCGCCCACCUCUCCAUCCACCAGAAGGAGCACAUCGCCUGCAAGCCCGCCGCCUGA